AAGAUGAGUAGUAGUAUGAACAGGUAAGUUUGCGUCAUUGCGCUCUCAGUUAUCAGCUCUCUGCAACACGUUUUGGAGUGCGUCUCAGCACAAGUAGUGGCAUUUGUGGAUGUAAAACGGCAUACUGAUCAUUUCGGUGUUUGCUUACCUAGAUCGUAUAAAUGCUUAAGAAAACGCUAGGCUCGCCCAACGUGGACGCGUCGCGCAUUCUUGGGAAGGGACCGGAGUAUUUGAGGAGACAAAUUGAACGCGAGAGCGAGGGGAAUAAUGGGCGCGUUAGCGCCGUGGAGAGACUGGCGGCCAGUAAACCGCAAUACAUAAAGAGCCAACAAGUGGACGGUUUUGCUCAAGAGCCAGCGUCUGCCUCUGAAGUGUCCUCAAACGUGCACAGUUCCGUUCAAAACGCCACCAGUGUUGAUGCUGAGAAUGAACAGACGCGUCAAGAGGAGACCAAUGUGGUGAGACGAAUCAGUUCUAAAAAACGCGACUCGAUUCUUUUGUACAGGCAGAAAUGUGAACUAUUGAAAGGGACGCCCGGUGGAAGCAAGAGGUUAAUUAAAAAGUCGCUAUUCUCUAGGGCUGGGAAUCGAUUCCAAAAAGAAUCGAUUCUUCGAUUCCGAGGCAUUGAGAAUCGAGAGUCGAUUCCAAAGUCCAAAUUACUGGAGGUUGAAGGAUUUGAAGGAAGACACACAGCUGAUGCCAUAGCUACACACCUCCGCAGUAUCAUUCUGGAGUGGGGUCUUCAGGACAAAGUUUUUUGUGUAACUACAGACAACGGAGCAAAUGUGGUUGCAGCAGUAAAAAAAUUGAACAUGAGACAUCUGCCAUGCUUUGCGCACACUCUCAAUCUUAUUGUAAAAGACAGUCUUGCUGCAGUCACUGAACUUGAUGACUUGAGAUCCAAAGUGAGGAGAGUGGUAGGAUUUUUUAGAUCCAGUUGCACAGCAAAAGAGAAGUUAGACAACUUGCAGAAAGACUUGAAAAUGCCCCAACUGCGCCUUCUCCAGGAAGUUGAAACUAGGUGGAAUUCCACCUAUUUAAUGCUAGAGAGGUUUUUUAACCUCCGGGAACCCCUCUCUGCAGCAAUGAGCAACAUGGACCUACCCAUGUUUUUCCCCCAGGACUGGGCUGCAAUGGCUGAUGCAAUUGAGGUCCUGAGACCAUUCCUGGAGGUGACAGAGGAAAUGUCUGCAGAAAGCAAUGUCACAUCCUCGAAGUUGAUUGUGUUGGUGCGAAACCUGCAAAAACUGACAAGAAAUAUGGCAAACUCGUAUGCUCCGGAGUCUGUUGGUCAUAGGCUUGCAGGCUCUUUAAACAAGCACCUGACCAAAAGGAAGGACAAAUGGAUUUGCAACAGUCGCUUUGACACGCCCGGUAUAGAGUGUUUCUCGUUGUGUGGCACGGUAAGACGGGCCAAUGUUAGACACUGUUCGUAUAGAAAAAGAAUCGAAAAUAGCAGUGAGGAAUCGAUUCUUGGAAUCGAUUCUUUCGAUUCCAGAAACAGGAAUCGGAAUCGGAAUCGAUUCCAAAAAAUCCGGAAUCGAACAGCCCUACUAUUCUCUCUUAAAGACAAGACCAACGCGUUUCCAGAGGCGCAAGGUGACAUCUCUGAGUUAGAUUAUAAGAAAGACAUCGCACUUUGCACCACGCGUAAAGACUGCGAAAACGACUCAACUGCGUCAACGAAGUUUGACCCACUAGUAGCGCCUCCUCACAGGAGGGUCGCCGAAACUCGCGACCAGGAGCGAAAGAGCCGGAGGGGGGUGGCGCGCUCCAGCUCCGACAUCAGUUCCCGCUACUCGAAAAACUUCGCAGACUUCGACGCGUUCUUUAGGUACUGCGGCCUCGAUGGUGACAUCAUUAUAUCCAUGGGCAAAGAUAACUUCUCCGUGCGCUCGGACGACCACGGCUACAACAUUCGUAGCGUCAGCGUUUCGACUUCGGACGACGGGCUCUCGAGGAGCAGCGGACACAGCGACGGACGUCAAGAGGAAGAGUCGCAGGAGACGGUACGACAAGGGCCAUCUGUCAUAGAGCGCAACGCGCGCAUCAUCAAGUGGCUAUACAGCUGCAGAAAUGCAGCAGAGUCGGGAAAGGCUCUUCGAGAUCUGGAUUAGAGUUUUGUGGUUCUCCAUCAGAUACCCAACAUAGUUUUGGCCCUGGUUUAUAGGUCCUUUAACUUGGGUUAUGUCAGUUGGUUAGGACAUGUCUUCAUGCAAAGUGCUAAAUCUUGGCUUUAAAUUAAGGGUCCUUGAGGGCUCUUUGUUGAACUGUAUAGUUCCAUAAGGAACCUGUAACACACAAAAGGUGCAAAAAAGCUUCUUCAGAUUAUCAAUAGGCUAUUUUUUUACCUUUGUUGUAUUAGGAUGUCAUGAUUCUAUAUAUUAGGUGUUUUUUUCAGUAUGGGUUUCUGGGGAUCAAACCCAUGACUGUUGCAGUGUUCUACUUAUUACUUGAACACUUCAUUUUGUGUUAUUUGAAGAUGAACCUUGCAUUUUUGCUGUCACGUUAGUUUACAGAGACAUUCAACAUUUUAACGUUUCUUUCAGCAAUGGAAUGCAGAAGAUAGCACCUUGCCUUGAGAUACGGAAAGAUAUGGCCUCAAACAAACACUUUAUAGUUCAUUGUUGCGUAACAGAGGAAACGGUGAAGAAAAGCAUGUGUGUUCACACCCUGUUUGGGUGGGUAUAAUCUGUGCCAAUCUUACACAGGUUAAAAAGAUCAUGUGACUGUUUUAUCCGGACUACUGGCUGUAUCGUCAUAUCUUUCCUGACUCACUCUACCGUAAAAAUUUACUCACACAAUAACAUAAUGUUUAAGUAUCCUGUUAUGGUGGCGAAAUGCUUGAGUCAAAAAUCCGGACACGCUUAUAUACUUUGGAAAUCUUGUGGUGUUAGCUCUUGUUAUGUGUUUUUAAUAUUAAAAGUAAAUAAAAACACUGCAUAUUGUUCAAAAAAUAUAAAGUAGUAUUUUGUUAAAUGACAAUAAAUGCAUAUUUAAUAAAAAUGAAUCUUUUGCUUUGUGCACAGAAAGUAACCCCUCUGGCAUGCAGACGUUGGGGCAGGUUUGAUCUUGCACUGGGAGUGUUUUUUUUUACCUUUGCACUACUUUUAAUGAAUUUUUAAAACUC